GUCUCUGACAGGAUUACACGAGUUUCCUCAAUUGAACACAGAGAAGUUACACGCUCGGACAUCCUGCAGGACACCUUAAUGCUUUUGACAAACAAAAAAAAACAACAUCAAGGAAACUCGAUACCGGUUACUUGAAUCCGGUUGCACCUGAAGCGACAGAGGAUCAGAUGUGUUGAAGUGACACGAGAAGACAUCAGGUCUGCUGUGCUGCUCUCAUUGGAUUAAAUGUUUUGUGUGCUGCUGAUGGUCUCUGCUGCUGCUCGCCCUGCAGCCUCCAACACUGAUGAUUAAUGUGGCUCCUGAACACACGCCCGUGUUGAAGUGAAGAACAACUUAUUUCAUUUUAGACCUUCAAGUCGUCAUAAUGACUCGAAUUUUCUGGGAUACUUUUUUUCUCAUAAGUGGUUACCUCUUUACAUUUGGAGCAGGGCCAAGCAACUCAACAGUAAUUGAUGCCAGCGUUUCUAUUGACACAAACUCGACUGUUUCUUCAAACGGCACGGGAAGCAGCUUUGAUACCACUGAUAGAAGAGGCGCAACUACCACUGCCUUUGCAAUGACAACUGAUGUUCCUCCAAUUACAAGUUUCCUCUAUACAUCAGAAGCAGAUCCAACAAUCACUGAACCAUUUGUUUCAAUCCUGGCAUCAACUGCUACCACCAACACCUCAACAAACAGCUCUGAAACAACCAGCAGCCAAAGCACAACUUCCACAACCACCAUAAGGACUACAACGAAUGUCCCUCCGGUUAAAAAGUUUGUGGCAGCAGCUGUUCGAUCUCACUUUGAUGACUGUCCAGAUUCACACCGCCAUUUCUGCUUCCAUGGCACAUGCCGCUUCCUGAUAUUAGAGGAGACGCCUGCUUGUGUGUGUCAUCCUGGCUUUGUUGGGAUGAGGUGUGAGCAUGCUGACCUACUGGCUGUAGUAGCAACUAACCACAGACAACAGACCGUUGCCACAGUGCUGGUGUUGUGUGUGAUCGGGUGUGUUCUCAUCAUGGUACUGUGUACACUUUUACACUGCUGGUGGAGGCAGGACUGUCGGAGGCGGAGACAUGCACAUCACUACGUCACAGAGAAGCACGGAGCAUCCUUCUAUCCUUCUGAGAGCGUGGUUUGAGGAGACGACUUGCUGGGACACGAGCUGUUUGGCAUGUUCAGUGUCCCUGGAGUGUCCAGCCCACAGACCCUCAGGAUCAUCCAAAGUGGUAUUUACAUAUUCUGAUUGAGCACAGCAGCUCUGCUUGAUGUGGGAGGUCAAACACUCAUGAUUUUUUUCCUUAUCGACUGCAACUUCUUUUUGAUUUCGGGGAAAUACAUACAGAACUGCAUCAGUAUGCCUGAAGCUCUGAGGAUGAAGCUGGUGCCAAAUCCUGCAUGGGGAGGAUCUGUGUGUUUUUUAUUCUUGUUUAUGACCGGCCUAGAGGACAUGAGGAAUGAUCUACAAGGCCACUCAUCAUCCUGUGGUGGUUUUUGAAUAGACACUUUGUUUACUUUGGAACUACAGGGCAACAAUAGUUGAUUCACUGAAGUCAGACAACCCCAAUUCCUCUUUUUGUCUUUUAAUAAUGCUGCACAUUUUUCAACAUAAGCACAGAGGACAUUUUUAUGACAUGAUGGUGGGAAAACUGAUGCUUUAAAAACAUUUUAGUAUCUGUUUUUAAAGAGGGAACUCACUUCACCUGACAGGAGAAGGAAUUGUGAAAAGGACUGAAUGCUGAUGGAUUAAAACCCUGCAAUCAGUAAUUACACACAAGGUUUGAAAAUCGUCAAAUAUGAUUUGGUCACGAUCUUACAGGUAAGUUUGACUCCAGUAUUGUUACUGAAGCUAUGAUAUGUGUCAGUUUUUAAAUUUUUAUUCCUGAGCUUUACUUGAAUGUGUUCACGCAUCAGAGGUUUUUUUAUUUCUAUUUUGUGAGCUAUAACUUUAACAACACAUGCACACAAACACACUAAAAGGCCACUUAUCCCUUGGUCGUAUUGAAGUCUUGCACUUUUUCUGCAAGCUUGCUCACUGUUCUUAAAAAAACUGCACUUAUGGUACAAUGAAGUCACAUGGAAACUGUGUUCACAUAAUGAGAGAUGCCAAAUACACUUGUUUCUAACUUUGCCUGAAUGAGCACUGAAGGGAAGAAGCACAGGGUUUGUACACAUCCACCGAAGCAUGCAUGCACUUAAAUCACAGUUUAUACUUUUAUAAAGACUUUUUUAUUUAUACAUUUUGUGUUAUAGCAUUGCCUCUGUUUUGAAUUUGAAUAUGUUUUUUCUCUGAAGGAGAAUUUAGAGGAAAAUAUUCAAGGUUUUCUUUUAACAACUUGAAAAUGAUUGGUAAAGGAAUACAAAAUAAUGAUUAAAAACUGACUAUAGAGUGUGUUUGCUAUUUGCGUGAUAGGAUGGGACUUCUCUAAAAUGAAUGUGAUGGUAUUCUUAUGCCAAAAGACUCUGUGGGUAUGAAAUGCUUUUUCUUGUUUACAGUAGGCAGUAUGUAAGAGGAUAUUUACAUUCAGCAUAUGUAUAAAUGUUUGUUUUUUACAGCAUUGAUAUGUAAAUAUUAAUACCACACAGGGAUACUCAAUGUAUAUAUAUAUAUACACACACACACAUGUACAAAGUGGAUACAAAAAUCGCUAAGGGGGAUCUUCAUGUAUUGACUUUGUCAACUUUAUGUUGGAAAGCCUAUGAUAUCUGCAUUUGUUUUCCAAUUAAUUAAAAAUGCAAGUGUG